AUGGGGAGAGAAAGACAGAGGAAGGAAGAAGGCAGACAGAUGGGAAUUGCCGGGUCGGAGAGAGAGAGUCAGACACAAAGUAGUGUAACAACGAAACAACCUCAGAUGGAGGUUGAGAGCGUCAAAUGUGAUUCAUGCGGAUUCUCAGAGGAUUGCACUGUUGCUUACAUCUCUCGUGUUCGUCAGAGGUUUCAAGGUCGGUGGUUAUGUGGGUUAUGCGUGGAGGCUGUGAAGGACGAGGUUUUGCGAUCAGACCGCCUCAUCACUCUUGAAGAAGCUCUCCACCGCCAUAUCAGUUUCUGCUCCCAGUUCCGGUCUUCUUCCGACGGUCAUCUCGGUAAAACCGAACACCCAAUAUUCGCCAUGGGUCGGGUUAUUCGCCGGAGCUUGGAUUCCCCCAGACAUAUCCGAUCAAACUCAUCAAGCUUCUCUUUGCCGGUGGCUCAUCAAGCUCGGAGCUCGCCUCUGGUUCGGUCCGAAAGUUGUUUCUCCUCCAUCUCAGGUUGAGGUAAAACGCGACACGGGAAUCAAACCCAUCAAACUCCAUCUCUGUUUCGAGCGAGACAUAAAA